UCGUCUCUCUCUCUCUCGACUGUAAGCAAGGCAGACGAUGGCGUCGAGCCAUGUCAUCGAUCAAUCCUUCAUGUAUCUCUCUCUCUCUCUCUCUCUCUCUCUCUCUUCAUCCCUGUAUCUCUCUUGACGAUACAACACUACAACCCCAGAACCAGAAACCCUAACCUCUUAUUCAUCAUCAUGAACAGAUCAAACCUCCACAGACUGCUCCACACUCGAUCCAAUCUUCCACAUCAUAUACGGUCCAAACCAUCCACGGUUACACUUCCUCUUUCUCUCCCCUCUGCCUCCGACGCCACCGCUACUGCCACUAUGACUACAGCGCCACCGCCAUCACCUCCGUUACCGCCCUCUCUCUCUCUCUCUCGCUCAAAAACCCAUUGGAUUUGAAGCUCAGAAACCCUCACUCUUAAUCGAUCGCUCAGAUUUGUACUGCGAAGAAAGGCAUCUACUCCUUGGGAAUGUUGGUAUGGGUGCUAGACUAUGCACUUAUUAUCAGAAAUCUACCCCAGGCGACCAAACUGGGAACUUGUUGCGUAAUGGAAACACAAUUUGGGGAGUGUCCUCAUACUUGAUUCUGCCGAUAAAUCUCCUUUCCUUGGAGAUAUAAAAGCUGGCUGCAGCCAAUCAUGUCUUGAAACUAACAUGUAUAGGGCUCCUAUAUUUCCUCAUAAGGUGUCAUCAACUGACUAUUUGUUGGUUCGUUCUGCAAAGGGAAAACUUUCAAUAAGACGGAUUGACAAGCUUGAUGUUGUUGGACAACAGAGAGGAUCAAGUGGACAGUUGUAUUGGAUCAUGAGACGUAAUUUCCGCAUUCCAUUGGAGGAGGAAUUGAGAAGGAUGGUGAUGCCGGAGAAUGUUUGUGCCUAUGAAAGCAUGCUAGCUGGACUGUGCAAGCUCAAACAGUUAGGAAUUACAAGGCUGACUAAUUCCAAUGGCCUCUCGUCUGCAAUGAAUCAACUCCCUGAUGAAGCUUAUUGCUUUAGCUGCUGCAUCACACAACAAGAGGGAACUGCAAAUAACUCCAUGGAGCUUGAGUAGUAACUUUGUUGCCUGUACUAGUCAGAUAUUUCUUGAGUAGCAGUUUGCUUGUGGAAUACAGACGUGUGAAGAUUGCGAUUUACUUUUGUUUUUGUUAUCCACUGAAGAAUCAUGAGGGAAACU